UGUAAUUACUCAAUGCCAGAGUAGAGGUGGAGAUUGUUAUAAAAGCCGGUGCUUUUAUCAUCGCGCGUCUAGAAGCCUCACCGCGGAGUUUUAAUCAAGUAUCCCAGAACGGCCCGUAAAAUGAAUCGAAGCUUAUUAUCGUUCGCGGUAGUGCUGAUCUUGCUGGUCGCCGGCACGUUCUCUCAGUUGUUUUACAAGAGCGGCAACUGCCCGCUGAGGAACACCGUGACCAAUUGCGUCUCCAGGUGCAUCGGGGACAGCGACUGUCCGUCGAAUCAGAAAUGCUGUCCGAACAAAUGCGGCUUCACGUCGUGCGCAAAUACCAGCCCCGUCAACACCGGCAGCGACGGUGGAUACAAGGGCUCGAGCAAUCAGCCCCAGGCCGUUUACUGCAACGGAGUAAAGUGCGCUGCGUACGAGAAGUGCCUGUAUGACCGCAACACCAGACGCGACAAGUGCACGCGCGUCUAGCGUUGCAUGUUCGCGAAUUUACUCGAGCAUUUUUAUUAGCAAACUGCACUUCCGAACUUGACCACAAUGAGUUAAGCAAUUAUUAUACAAAAGAGGAAUUAACAGACCGGUCUGCUUAAAAAAUAUGCAAGAUCGCGACACAGUUAACAUACAACUAUAAAAUUUUUACAUUAAUAAAUCGAUAUAUAUAUAUUAAAUUCGUAAUUUUCUAACAGAGGAAUUAACAGACCGGCUUAAAAAAUAUGCAAGAUCGACACGAUUAACAUAUAAUAACUAUAAGAUUUUUACAUUAAUAAAUCGAUAUACAUAUUAAAUUCGUAAUUUUCUAACAAGUUAGAAAUUACGAAUUUAAUAUAUAGAUAUUGUAUUUUUUAUCUUGCUGACGUAGGCUUAGUUGCAAUUUGUACGUGAGGCUUGAGGAAUGUUUAUUAUUUAAACAAAUGUUUUGAUAUUAAAGAAUUGAGUUACGAAAGCCA